GAGGGAAAUGUUUGCCAUCAGAUCGUCCUGGCUGCUGUCCCAGUGGAGACGGCUUCCCAGCACCCAUGGGCUUAACUCCUCGCUUGGGCAAGUCCCAUCUCGCACCUUGGGACCCCAUAGCUGGUACCGAGCUUUGCACAAAAUGGGGAUCCUGAUUGCUUGACUCAGCCCCGCCCCCAGCUUGGGUAAGCUCAGACUUUCCUAAAAAUAAUCAAACCCUGAUAAGAAAGCAUCCACCCCAAGACAAUUAGGCUGAGAAAUGAUUUUGCAGGCUCCCAGAGGAGUCUUCCCAAGGCAGAUGUUUCUCCUGGGUGCUGCUGCACAGCCCAGAGCAGUGCUUACACUGCAUGGCAGCUGCAUGGGAGAGGCUGGGGAGGCAUUUUUUUUUCUUUCUGUCCCAUCAAAGCUUUUAGACAACUUGAAACUCCACCUCAUGGGACAAGAACCUCUGCCUGACAUUCUCAUAAGCAAAAGGGAUGAAUUAAUGGCAUCACGAGUGCCAAGUGAGGCCUCAGCAGCACCCUCACCACGAGCUCAGUGCCCAUCUUGCUCCCCCCACCCAGCUCCCACUGCAGACCCCUGGGUGAUGUGUGCUGGUCCCUGCUGCUGCCCCGGCCCCCCCACUGCCGCCCCUGCCUAAGUGAUGCUGAGCCUGCAGGGUGCUGCGCCGGCUCCUGGCACUGCCGGCGGCUGCCUUCUGUGCUGACCUCAGCCUGGGGACAGAGUGAGCAGCUCCUGCCUGUUGCCUUUCCCUCCGAGCUGCCAGCUGAAGCAGCGGGCAGGGAUUUAACUCCUGCGGGGCAGAGGGCAUGGGGAUGGCACGGUCCCCUCCUCGCAAGAUAUCGCAGUGCCCAAUAUCUGGCCCUGCGGAGGCUGUGGGGGCAGAAGGGCGGCAGCAAAGAGGUCCCUGCCCGUGGUGUUUGAUGCAGGGAGGGCGUUUGCCUUUUCUGCAGGAACAACCGCCUUGGGAGGCAGCGCAGGCAGCCCUUCCGUUCCUCCUCAAAUGGUGAAUGGCCGGACAUUUGCCGAGAUGAAGAUUACAGCACACGUGUAUCCGGAUUUCUGCCUCACUGUGUCCAUGAGAAAGCAGGGGGCACGCUGGAAACCUUGCCAAGCCCCAUCCCUCUGUUUGGGGGGAAUGGAGGUGGGAGGGAAGGGGCUGCCAGUUUCUCCGCCAGCGACAGUGAUGCCAAGGCACAGCACCCACUCACCCACCAUGGAUUGCCUUUGAAAACAUGUCCCUCCCUCCCCGUAGGAGGUGUCCCUGUACUGAGAGUGUCCCAGCUGUCCAGAGCAGCCCCUUGCCCUGGGCAGCAGACAAAGAGCGGGUACACAGGCACCCGCCCAGCCCCAGUGCUUUGGCAGUGCAGAGAAGCGAGCCAUUGUCCCCGCGCACUGCCAGCCCCGGCGCCAGCUGCCACCGAGGACCGGACCAGCAGAGGCUGCCUGGUGGGACGCAGCAGAGCCAGCAGCGGUUGUGCUAUGGCCGGGCCAGUGGGGCCAGCAGCAGCCCUGGUCCUGCUCUGCCUGGCCGUGAGGCUGGAGGCCAGCCCGGAGCUCUCUGGGUACCUGCGCAAGGUGCUGAGGAACCACACUGCCCACACCUGUGACGGGGAGCAGCUCCUCAUCAUCUGCCCUCGCAAGACCACAAUCAGCAUCCUCAGCGCCUUCUAUGGACGUCGUGUACCCAGUCCCAACCUCUGCCCCAGCCCUGGCAAUGCCUCCCAGGAGAACACCGAGUGCACGUCCACCACCGCCCACCUGAAGCUGCUGGCUGAGUGCCAGGAUCAGCAGUGGUGCCAGUUCUUGGUGCACAGCCAAGUCUUUGGGCCGGACCCAUGCCCCGGGACACACAAGUACCUCAUUGCUUCCUACAAGUGCCGGCCAGGGAACCAUCGGGUCAAGACAGUGUGCGAGAAUGACAAGCUGAGACUGCAGUGCCGACCGAAAUCCAUCCUGGCCAUUUAUUCUGCAAAUUACGGACGAUUCCUGCGGGGCAAACCAGAGUGUGAUGCCCUGAACACUGGGGGACCCCAUAUAGGUACAUCAGAAAGGUUCAAGCCAGAAAUGGGGCCAGAAGCCAUGCAGAGAGCAUGGCACAAGUAUGACAUCAGGCUGUACCUGUGCCCCUUGGCCCCAGCUGGCUGGUGCCCAGUGAGCAGGGCAGGCAGGUCUGUCCAUGGGUCCAUGUCCCAUGUCUUUGCAGAGUGCUUGGCUCCGGAUGCCCUGCGAAGGGUCUCCAAGAAGUGCCACCGCAAGGGGAACUGCACUGUGGCUGCUGACCGGGCCACCUUCGGGGACCCAUGCCUCCCUGGCACAAAGAAACAGCUGCGAGUCUCCUACACCUGCGUACCCAAGCAGCUGCUGGAGGAGGUGGGCCCUGAGACCUCAGACCCCUUCUUGCUCUCGGACUACAUGCACGGUGGCUGGUACAAAGGGCCCAGGUUCUCCAGGCUCCGGGAAGACCGGAUGAUUUUUACUAGCUCUCUGGCAGCUUUUGCCCACCUUUGGGGUGUCCCAGAGAAAGUUGGCCUCUACUUUCUUUGUGGGGUCUCAGGAGGCCUCAUGGUUCUGCUGUGCAUCAUCAGCCCCAAAACAACCUUCCUCCAGGAGGUGGGGGAGGCUCUCAAAGACCCGGAGCUAGGGAGCAGCUCGGAGCUGAGCAGGACCAAGCUGCAGGAUGAGCAGGACGAAGACCUUCCCGAUGACAGCUCCUCAGACUCCUCCUUCCGCCGCCUCACCCGCACCUACAGGGCCACCGACAGCAUCUUCAGCCCUGAGCUGACAGCAGCCAUGGAGGGAGCAGUGGAGCACCAGGGCCGUGUCGGGGAGGAGAUCUGGAUGCCCAAGGAGUCAAGCCCAUAUGCCAUCCACAAGAUCAAGUCAGCCACCAAGUAAGAACUGGAAGAAAAUGGCCAGAAAGCAGCAGGGAGCAGAGGCUAAGUGGGAUCUGACAUUGGAGAUACACAAGAGUUUGGGCUCCUUCGGGCGAGUGGGCAUCCUGAGUGGCAGCAGCGCCAUGGCAGCCCCAGUGUGGCCAUCAACCCACCAUUCCACCAGCCUGGAAACCUCUAACCCUGGGGGUAAGAUGUGGUCCCUGGGUGUGAUGAGGGGCUGCAGGAUGGCUCAUGGGGCCACUGGCUCCUUUGUCACAAACACGCCGCUAACCCUAAGCUAACCUCCCCAUUCUCAGCUCGCAUUGGCUGGCUCUAGUACUUAACCCUGCUCAGCCACCCUGAGCCUUCCCAGGCUGUUUGUGCCUGUUUCUUCUUGGAUGCUGGCUUCCACCACUGGUGCUGCAACACCCCCCAGCACUCAGGCAGCAUGCCAGUGGCAGAGAUGCAGAAAUGGCCAGGAUGCGGGGAGGAUGCAGGCAGAGCAGGUGGGAGAGCACC